AAGAGUGGAUAUAUAGUUUGAUGAGGGCCUGCUUCUACUGCAGCUUUCUUUCACUUGAACGGCUCUUUCUGCCCAACUGGGAUGUCCGACAAUGUCCUGCUUGCCAAGAAGUGGGAGAAUGAGGACCCUACUGGUUGGUGGAUGUCAGAGAAGUUGGAUGGUGUCCGUGCUGUGUGGCGCAAUGGAAACUUCUACUCACGCGGUGAAAAUACCUUUGCCUGCCCCGAGUGGUUCAAGAAACGCAUGCCUGCUGGCUGUGUGCUGGAUGGUGAGCUUUGGGGUGGGCGAGGCCAGUUUCAGAAGACGGUGGGCAUUACCCGCAGCGCAGGUCGUCAUGCCGAAUGGGAGUUCCUAACGUUCAUGGUUUUCGACUGCUUAGUAGAAGGAGGUGCUGAUAUUGAAAACAAGCCUUUCGAGCAUAGAAUGGAGGCCGUGAAGCGGAUUUGCGCUGCAAAUGCACACGGGGCAACCUUGAAAGCUGUGCCCAUGGUGCGGUGUGGCAACCGCGAGCAUUUGUCGGCUGCUCUUGCAGAUGUCGAACACCUCGGCGGUGAGGGCCUGAUGCUGCGAAGCCCAGGUUCCAAGUAUGAGCGUCGGCGCUCCAAGAGUUUACUGAAGGUGAAGACCUUUUAUGAUGAGGAGGCCAUUGUUGUAGGGCAUGCUGGCGGCACCGGUCGGGUCGCCGGCAUGUGCGGUGCGCUUCUCUGUGAGACGCCUGACAAGCGCCGCUUCAAGGUGGGUUCUGGCCUGAGCGAUGCCCAGAGGAGAGACCCGCCGGUCGUCAACGCAGUCAUCACCUACCGGUACCAGGAGCUCACGGCAGACAACAUCCCAAGAUUUCCGACCUUGGUCGGUGAGAGGACUGAUAUGACAUGGACGCAGAUUUGCACAACUUAUGUACCUCCCCGUGCACGCAAGGACACCGCCAUGAAGAAGAAACAUUCCAUCCUUUUUGAUGCUCUUGAUACCCCCUCAGGUGAGAUAGUGCCAGAACCACAUGUUCCGCCUGUUCCUGCCCUCAGACGUGGCCUGACGGCAAUGGAUGCUAUGCAGCGUGGCACCGCGGAAGAGGACUUAGAUGACUUUGGCUUCGAUGACAUGCUGCCGCCGGCAGUGCCGCCUCCGGAAAAGAAGCCGCGGUUGUCCUCUGCGGCAGAAAUUGCAGCAACCACUAGUGGAAAGAAGAGUAUGUGCCCUUUUGGACGAAGGUGCUACCGCAAAAAUCCAGCGCACUUCCUUGAAUUUGAGCAUCCGUGGAGGGACGUGGAGAAUGAAAAGGAUGAAGUUCUUCCAGCGCCUCCCGAGGACGUCAAAAGUUUUGCUGAUGCAGCAGCAGGCCUUUUUGAUGCUGAGACGCAGAUCUUAUGUGCUGAUGCGAGGCAAGAGACGAGGGAGGUGCCAAAACCUAGUCCCGAUUCAGCCAUGCCUCAUUCUUCAGAAAGCGCACCGGUUCCACCGGUUCCCGUUGAUUCCAGAUUAGUAGCUGUUCGUAAUUUGCUGAAAAGUAUGUUGGAGGACGCUGGAUCUCCAGAGCUUCGCAAGCAUUUUGAGCGCAUGAUCGAGUUUGCGGAUUCCGUGCCGUCCACCGAAGCCAUGCCAAAGGCUGCACAGGUUCCCGCGAGGAGCCUCGCGUCAGCCUUGCUGUCCACGACAUCAGAAGGACUCGGGGUAGACGAGUCACGCGAGCCACGUGGUGAGACUGAGAGUGAUCGAAACCGUGAAGAGAGUGAUCCUAAGGCUCACGUGCAAAGCGAACUCAGCACAAUGGGUUUUGCCAAGGCAGCAAUACAAGAGGCAUUAGUCCAUUGCAACACUACGGCCGAGGCGGUUGAUUGGCUGUUAGCUCACGACGCAUAAUGCGUCGUCGGCAGAAAUGUUUGGUUGUCCAUUGCCAAUGGAUGCCAGUGGAGUUGUGCA